UCGCGGUCGGGUAGUGGAAGAGCAAGCUUGGAGAGCUGCCGCUGGAAACAGCACGCACUUUUAAAACGGACCGCGUAUCAAUCACACGUCAUUGGAAUGGAAAAACCAACACGGGCGUCUUAAAUUUGCGUUGGAAAGCUCAAAGAGCCCUAUCCUUAUCCGCCAGCCGAAAGUGCCAGUGCCCUCAUGGAGGACAAGAGGAAGAAAAGGAGUCCCAAAGUGUCGCUUCCCCAUCCCCCUCCUCCACCCAUCAACCCUCGAAAGCUCACCGUUCUCCCGGCGAGCAAGAGCGCCACAUUCUCAUUGGGUCUGCCCCAUCCCCCCUCCCCCAAACCCAGGGGAAAGUGCAAGAGAUCGGUGGGGGCAAUGGGUCCAUCUAAAGAAGCACUUGCCGUUCCUGUGGUUCCCCCUAAAAACACAAGACCUCACAGAGAGAAGCCCAGAGCUCCUCAGCCCGCCGGACCUAGUCGCGUGUCCCAGUCCUCCUCACCUCUCCAGCACUCAUUCCUCACCGAUGUCUCCGAUGUGAGAGAGAUGGAGGGAGGACUGCUUAACCUGCUCAACGACUUUCACUCUGGAAAACUGCAGGCUUUCGGUAAGGUGUGCUCCUUUGAGCAACUUGAACAUGUGAGGGAGAUGCAGGAACGUCUAGCCCGGCUCCAUUUCAGUCUGGACAGUCAUGUGGAGGAGCUGUCUGAAGACCAGAGAAAAAAUGCUUCGGACCGCAAUCUUGAACACCUGCUUUCUAACCUGGAAGAAUUGAGCAGCUCCAUACAGAAACUCCACCUGGCAGAAAAUCAAGACCUACCCAAGACCUCCAACACCUGAAGCAAGAAACCAAACCCCGCCGACCAUCAAAUCACUGUGCAGACCUAAGCCCAAGUUGCCAUGGCUACAACUCAACUGCAAGUUAAUGAGCGCCAUCAUCGUGAUCCGUGACUAAUGCAAUACUAAGUGACGGCAGCAGCAUAAAAGCACAUUCUCCAUGUUAAUGAAAUUCAACGGCAAAAAAGGCACUACUUGCUUGUCUAAAUAUUUUAUUAUUGCAUUUAACAAUUCGUCCAAUGAUUUUAAACCUGAAAGACAUUUUUGUUAAAGUGUUUAAAUUGGGAUAAAUAGUAACUCUAGGGUUUGAAUGAGUUAAUCACAGGUUCUUUCAUCACUGCUAAAGGCUGACUACUUCGGAAACCCGAGAUCUAGAAUUAUUAUCAAUCAUGACAGCAGUAAAGGAGAAAAUUAACACUUGCAUUAUUCGUCAACGAGCACAUACACAAUGGAUUUUCUUUUUGUUAUCGGUCGGUGUUCUCUGGAAUGAUGUAGUAAAUGGCUGUGGAGUAGCUAUAAACUCACUCAGGACUGCUUGAGAUCAUUGAUCUUAGUGCCUCUUCUCAGUCUCUAGAUUACAUUGAUUGUUUUACCGGAAGGUCUUCAUGGGACUCUCGAAAUGAUGGAAUGGAGUUUUUUUGUAGAUGUUUGUACAUUAAAAUUGAAGUAAAGGUUAUUUCAAAUAAUGUUAUAUUCCAUGUUUGUAAACUAGAGUUUUAAAUAUGUUAUGAACUAUCAUGAUAGAAGUUGUUUGUAAAAGGAACUGAUGGAAAUGUGCAGGAUUUGUAUGUGUGUUAUUGUAUAAACUAAAUUGAAAACAUAAUGGAAUCAGGCAUUUUCCAUUGAUUUCUUGGUAAUUCUACAAUUAGAGAGGAGUUGACUCAAGAACUGCUCCAUUUUUUCAUGGAGCACAAUAUUGUAUUUGAAACCUGUAGAUUUGUAUAGUCUCUAGUCCAAAGCACAAAAGCAGUGCUGUAACAUCUUGUGCUGUAAGAUCUGCAGUGGAUCAAAACUGCUGCAAAAAAUGUUACAUAUCCAUACAAACUUACUAACAACAACCCCUUAUGAAAAGCCAGUCUUCUCGUUUCACUUAUAAAACAUCAGCACAACAAAUCAACAAGUUCAGAGAAAAGUAAAAGAAACACCUGUUUGAAUUGUAUAUAUAUAUAUUUCAUAAUGCAGUAACUUCAUUUCACAGCUGACCUCCGCUAUGCCUACCUCCAAAUAUUUCAAUAGAGAAUCAGUACUGUUGCAAUUGAGGGGAAGUCUGUUUAAAUUCAUUCAUGGCAGGAAUCUGAUCUUGCAUCUGCACGUACAGGCUGUAAUUGAAAGAAUCAUUGAAAAAUGACAUUUGUAUUCUUUCUGAGAAUUAUUUAUUAGUUAUUUAAAAAAAAAGAAAAUAUCAGUGUCCUUUGCUUUUUGUCCAUGUUUUUUGUUUAUCUGUGCAUAUAAACUAUUUUCUAUUUGUGUGCUUUAAGUAAUAAAACUUAAUGCAACAAUUAACUCA